AUAAAAUCGAAAAUGCCAUAAUGUAAGAGAUGAUUGUUUGAUCAUAGAAGCGGCGGCAAUUGAACCCAAAGCGGGAUGUCUUUGUAGGUUAUGUUGCUAUAAAGUCACGGCCUUCUUAAAUUCAUUGUUGUGAUACGAAGUUCUAAAGACUACAAAACCUAACGAUGGACGACAAAAAUACUCUUUUGGCGGUGCUGCAGUACCUAGAAAAACACAAUUUGAAGGGCACUGUUGAUCUUCUGCGCAAAGAAGCCAACUUGGGAGAAGGAACACCAAGCUCGCAAUGUCCUCCAUCAGAUUCCGAUGUAAGCAGCAUGCUUGCUGCCUAUAAAAGUGAAGGAGAUCCUGAAAAAUAUGAAGAAGCUUAUACAGAUUUAAAGAAAUUUGUAGAGGGUGCCCUUGAUAUAUACAAAUAUGAACUAGGUAUGAUUCUGUAUCCAGUUCUAGUGCACAUGUACUUGGAAUUAUUAUUCAACAACCAUGAAGAUCAAGCUAAAAGGCUAAUGGAUAAAUUUGGAACAGACCAAGAAGAUUAUUUUCAAGAUGAUUUGAAAAAGCUCUCACAUGUCUGUAAAAAAGAUCAUUUAAAUGGCAAUGAGUUGACUGACACUUUCACUAAAAAUGAAUUUAUUAUUCGCAUGUCUCGUGACACCCUUAGUAUUCUUAAAAGGCACCUGGCUGAAAAAAAGCAUAGUGUAGUCCAAAAUAUUAUUCAGGAACAUUUGUAUCUAGAUAUGUAUGAGGGUGUGGCCCGUAAUAAGCAACAAAUUGAUGCAACAUCUGGUGCCAUGAUAGGAGAGGCAUCCAGAGCAGACAACAAAGCCAGGGUUUAUUAUGGUCUGCUGAAAGAACCAGAUGUAUCAAAUGCUGCCUUAGAGGAGGAAGAUGAAGAAGAAGAUGGUGGUGACAAACCAAAGAAAAAAAAGUCAAAAAAAGAUCAUCUUUAUCCAAAAAAGUCAAAAUCUGAUCCAAAUGCACCACCAGUUGAUCGUAUGCCUCUUCCUGAACUGAAAGAGGCAGAGAUACGCGAAAAAGUGAAAGCAAUGCGAGAUUCUAUGAAGAGAGUCAAUUUAGGACCAGAAACACUACCCUCAGUAUGUUUUUAUACACUAUUAAAUGCAAAUCAAAGUGUAACAUGUGCAGAAAUUUCCGAAGAUUCAAGCCUCUUGGCUGUAGGAUUCAAUGAUUCAUUUAUCAAAGUUUGGACUCUUGUGCCUACAAAACUGAAAAGUAUGAAAUCAGCUGAUCAACUGAAGGAUAUUGACCGUGAAGCAGAGGAUGUCCUGGUCCGUAUGAUGGACGACCGCUCCUCAGAACCCUGCCGAACUCUUCUCGGGCAUAGUGGACCAGUGUAUCGUGUGGCAUUUAGUCCUGACAGACAGUUGUUACUCUCAUGUUCAGAAGACUCCUCCAUUCGUUUGUGGUCUCUGCUCACAUGGUCAUGUGUGGUGUGCUACAAGGGUCAUACAUAUCCAGUAUGGGAUGUAAGAUUUUCUCAGCAUGGAUAUUACUUUGCCACGGGUGGUCAUGAUAAAACUGCUCGCCUAUGGGCCACAGAUCAACAUCAACCAUUGAGAAUAUUUGCAGGUCACUACUCUGAUGUAGAUUGUGUUCAGUUUCAUCCUAAUUCAAAUUACAUUGCAACUGGUUCAAGUGAUCGCACCGUCCGCCUGUGGGAUUGUGUAUCUGGGAGUCAAGUGCGUUUGAUGACUGGGCACAAGGGACAAGUUUUGUGUCUUUGUUUCUCAGUGGAGGGUCGGUUUUUGGCAUCUGCUGGAGCUGACUCAAGGGUCCUUUUGUGGGAUCUGGCACAUGGACAUCUCCUUGCUGAGCUUUGUGGUCAUACAGCAUCUGUGCUAUCUCUUGCUUUCAGCAGAGAAGGUAGUGUCUUAGUUUCAGGAUCCACAGACUGCACUCUCAAAAUAUGGGACUUCACAAAACUCGCUGAAGCCAUUGCAUUGGAGGAUGUGAAUAUCUCUCACAAUCCUGACAUUAAGAAGGAUAGCAACACGUUUCUCCUAAGAACCUAUGCUACAAAGAAUUCCCCCAUUCUCAGUUUGCAUUUUACACGCCGUAACCUGCUUCUUGCUGUUGGACUGUAUGACUCUCAAAGUUAACGAACUAAAACAAUGUAAACUGUGGUUGAUUUUGAAAUUUGUUAUCAUGAAUAUUACAUGUAUCAAUUUACUUUGUUUAAAAUAAGUGCUAAGAUUUUUGUCCCAAAGUUUUAUUUGUUGCAAAUUAUUUCUCAAACAAUGUAGCACUGAAUAAAGUUACCGUCAGAAAAAAAAA